AUGGGAAAGCUCCGUGUCAAAUUCGCUGUUCAGGAGGAGGCCGGUGCCCACGCCGCUCCUUCUGGGUCCCGCAAGAAGCCUGGGCAUGCUUGCCCAGACUGCAGGGCCCGGAAGGUCAAGUGCGGGCACGGGGGUGACGGUGAGGUGGAUGUCGCCGGAGCAGAAGCUCCCCCUCCUCCCGCCUCGACCACCACCAUGGCAAAGGCGCCAUUCACCAAGCGGGCCAAGUUGCCCAAGGCCAAAGUCAACAAGGGCCCAAGUGGCAACAGCCAGAACAGCAAGGUUGCCAAGGGCAAGAAGGACAAGGCCAUCAACAAGGCCCAGAAGCUUCGCCUCAAGCGCGCGGUGGAGGCCGAGAACGCGGCCGAUUCCACCAACUCCAGCUCCGGUCUUUCUACCACGCCUCCCACCGAGUCUGAUGAAGACACCUCCAACCUGGCCAAACGCGCCUCUGAUGAUGGCGAGUCACGUCCAGGAAAACGCGCCAAGCGCCGUCGCAGUGAAAAGGCUGAAGCUCCCACUGUCGACCUCACGGGAAAUACCGACGCCACCUCUUCUCGCACCGCUCCCACCCAUGCUACUUUCCCCGACCUACCCUCUUUGCCUGACGAUAACCUUGAGGCCUCCGCAAUCGUGGCAAUGCACGUCGUCUAUGCCCGUCGGGUUGCGAAGGCGGGCCGAGACUUUGAAGAGAAGAUCGCAAAGGCCAAGGAAGCCGUCGACGCCGCCAUGGCUGCAAGCCGUGAGAUGACCGACUGUGUUCAAAUGUGGAGAGACGCUUGGGCAGGCGGCAACUAA